AUGCAUUUUCGGCUUCCAGUUGUACUUCCCUCCGAACACCCGGUUGUCCUUAGUCUCAUUCGGUGGAAACAUAAAGAGUUAGGACAUUGUGGCGUACAACUGCUUAUGUCAGCGCUUCGAGAAAAGUACUGGAUUUUGAAGAGCCGGAAAACCAUUAAGAAGGCAAUCAAGUCCUGUAUUGUGUGUCGAAGAUUCAACUCUAAACCACCCGAAGUUCAGGAAAGUGUUUUACCGGAAAAUCGUGUAAAAGAUGCAUCAGUUUUCGAAAUUCUAGGAAUAGAUCUAGCAGGACCCUUGAUCCUCAAAGAUAACUCAAAAGUUUGGAUUUUGAUUUUCACCUGUGCUGUUUUUAGAGCUGUUCAUGUUGAGAUGUUGACUUCAGUGUCUACAGAUAACUUUCUUUUGGGGUUGAGGAGAUUCAUCGCGAGAAGAGGCAGACCGUCAAUUAUCUAUUCCGAUAACGGAAAGAACUUCGUUGGCGCAAAAAACCAAUUAAGCAAGAUUGAUUGGAAAAAGAUUCAAGAUGAAACUACUGCUUCUUCUAUUGCUUGGAUUUUUAUCCCCCCUUCUGCUCCCUGGUGGGGAGGAUUUUGGGAAAGGUUAGUAGGAGUUUUGAAGAGAAUUUUAAGAAAAGUUUUGGGUCAAACAUCGUUGGAUUAUGAAGAGAUGUUAACAGUCCUCUGCGACUGUGAGAGUAUCAUAAAUUCGCGACCGUUGACUUACGUUAGUGAUGACGUUCAAGAUCUUACCCCGAUUACACCUUCUAUGUUUUUGCAAGAGAUUAGAGAAAUCGGUGUUCCAGACUUAGAUGUGCUGGAUCAUCAGAAAUUAAAUAAACGUCACGCGUAUACACAGAAAAUACGAAAGGAUCUCCGUUCGAGAUUUCGAGUGGAAUAUCUCGGACAGUUGCGACAACCUGUGACUAAUAGAAAUAAUUCUCCAGUUCUAAAAGUUGGUGACUUAGUUAUCGUGUGGACAGAUAACUGUAAAAGAAUUGACUGGCCACUCGGAAGAGUUCUAGAAGUGUUCACAAGUAAGGAUGGAUGUGUGCGAGUUGCUAAAGUCAAGACAAAAACGGGUGUCUUCAUUCGUCCUGUUAAAAAGUUGUGUUCUCUGGAGUUGGGAGCGGUGUCAUCUUGUGAGCUUCAAAAGUUAAAACCCCCUCCUGUGACUGUUCUUGAGGAUUUGUGUUGCACCACCACCACCAGUUCAUCACCUAGCCUGACAGCAUUGAAGUUGAGUUCCGGAGUCCCGAGCCCUGAACUCAAGGUGGGGAGUGUGGAAAACGCCCAAGAACUGAACUGA